CGGUUCCCCAUUUGAUCCCCGUAGUUGUCAACCUUCUCCUCCCCUCUCUUGAUCGCUGUGUCUUCGUUUUGAAAUCUUCUCUCUGCAACGAAAGUUACGAAACCCUUCGAUUUCUUUCUGAAUCUGUGGCGAGAUUUGUGUUCUUAUGGGUCAGCAGUCGUUGAUCUACAGCUUUGUGGCGCGAGGCACGGUGAUCCUGGCUGAGUACACCGACUUCUCUGGCAACUUCACCAACAUAGCCUUGCAGUGCCUCCAGAAGCUCCCUGCCUCCAACAACAAAUUCACCUACAACUGCGACGGUCACACCUUCAACUACCUCGCCGAUAAUGGAUUCACUUACUGUGUAGUGGCAGUGGAGUCUGUUGGUCGUCAGAUUCCAUUGGCCUUCCUUGAACGCGUUAAGGAGGAUUUUGCCAAGAGAUAUGGUGGAGGAAAGGCUGCUACAGCUGCUGCUAAAAGCCUUAACAGAGAAUUCGGACCCAAGUUGAGGGAGCACAUGCAGUACUGUGUGGAUCAUCCGGAGGAGGUUAGCAAACUUGCAAAAGUGAAAGCUCAGGUUUCUGAAGUUAAAGAAGUCAUGAUGGAAAAUAUUGAGAAGGUUCUCGAUCGUGGAGAGAAGAUUGAGGUUUUGGUGGAUAAAACUGAGAAUCUUCGCUCUCAGGCACAAGAUUUCAGGACGCAGGGAACCCAGAUGAGGAGAAAGAUGUGGUUGCAGAACAUGAAGAUAAAGCUCAUAGUUUUGGGUAUUAUAAUUGCCUUGAUUCUCAUAAUUGUUCUUUCGGUGUGCCAUGGUUUCAAUUGUGGUAAAUGAGUCUUCUCAGUCAGGAUUAUCACUGUGGGGCUUCUGUAAUUCUAUAUAUCUGCUUGAUACGAACAUUAUAGAUUUGUUCAUUUAAUAUUCUAAAGCCUUGUGUAGAGAAAAUGCCUUGGUGGGAAAUGAAUGUGUAGGAGUUACGUGCAUGGCUUUGCACACUGGCCGCUUUGCAUUUUUGAAGACUGAUUGUUUCAUUUGUAGAAUUCUAUACAUAUUGAAGGGUCAAUUUGUUCCAGAAUUUA